UGCCGUUUGGUUGAAUUGAGCGGAUAAACAGUGGCGAGUGGUGAUUUUCCGAUUCCUUGGGAAACGGCAGAGGGAAAUCCCCAACCGAACCCGAAGUUAAAGUCAGUCGAACCCACACACGAAUUAAAGUGAGAAGGGCCUGUGCAAAUAAUAAUCGAAAAAUAGUCAGGUUCUUAAGGACUUGCAAAUAAAUAAAUACAAACAAUAGUGAAAUUAAACAAAGCUGCCAAAAUAAACAAGGGCUAAUCAUAAACUGCAGUGAAAGUUGGCCAAACAAACAAAAGCAGUGCAACAAACCAAAUAAAGCUAUUCAUAAAACUUAAAUUGAGGAAAUUAACAAGUAGUCAAUAAAUUACAACAACACCGGAUAACGUGAAGUCUUUUGCGUGAUGGCAAAACCAAUUUAACCAGCAAACACACUUGAUUGUGCUCGAAACUCAAAGUGGAAAAACUUGGCGAAAUAGUUACAGCAAACUGCAAAAUGCAUUCGAGGCUAAAAUUCUUGGCAUAUUUACAUUUAAUAUGCGCCAGCAGCAUUUUCUGGCCAGAAUUCAGCGCAGCCCAGCAGCAGCAACAACAGUCGGCGUCGUUAACCGAGAAAAUACCAUUAGGUGCGAUCUUCGAACAGGGCACGGAUGAUGUGCAAUCAGCCUUUAAAUAUGCAAUGCUCAAUCACAAUCUGAAUGUGAGCUCUCGACGAUUCGAGCUGCAGGCGUACGUCGAUGUCAUCAAUACAGCGGAUGCAUUCAAAUUAUCCCGCCUGAUUUGCAAUCAAUUCUCGCGCGGAGUCUACUCAAUGCUGGGCGCCGUAUCGCCGGACUCCUUUGACACAUUGCACUCCUACUCGAAUACGUUCCAAAUGCCAUUUGUGACGCCCUGGUUUCCCGAGAAGGUGCUCACACCGUCGUCGGGAUUGCUGGAUUUCGCUAUCAGCAUGCGUCCGGAUUAUCAUCAGGCGAUUAUCGAUACCAUCCAGUACUACGGCUGGCAGAGCAUUAUUUAUCUCUACGACUCGCACGAUGGCUUACUACGGCUGCAGCAAAUCUAUCAAGAACUGAAGCCCGGAAAUGAAACGUUCCGUGUGCAAAUGGUGAAACGCAUCGCCAACGUAACGAUGGCCAUUGAAUUUUUGCACACGCUGGAGGAUUUGGGGCGCUUCAGCAAAAAGCGCAUUGUGCUCGACUGCCCGGCGGAAAUGGCCAAAGAGAUCAUCGUUCAGCAUGUGCGGGAUAUCAAGCUGGGCCGGCGCACCUAUCACUACCUUCUCAGCGGACUGGUCAUGGACAACCACUGGCCCAGCGACGUGGUCGAGUUCGGGGCCAUCAACAUCACCGGCUUUCGCAUUGUCGACUCUAAUCGGCGGGCGGUGCGUGAUUUCCACGACAGCCGGAAACGUUUGGAGCCGGCUGGGCAAAGCCAAAGCCAGAACGCAGCGGGGCCCAACAGCUUGCCGGCCAUUUCGGCUCAGGCGGCUCUGAUGUACGAUGCGGUUUUCGUGCUCGUCGAGGCCUUCAAUCGCAUUUUGCGCAAGAAGCCGGAUCAGUUCCGUUCCAAUCAUCUGCAGCGCCGCAGUCACGGUGGCAGUUCGUCCUCCUCCGCCACGGGCACCAACGAAUCGAGUGGCGCACUUCUCGAUUGCAACACCAACAAGGGAUGGGUCACGCCCUGGGAGCAGGGCGAGAAAAUAUCCAGGGUGCUAAGAAAGGUGGAAAUUGAUGGUUUGUCGGGGGAGAUCCGUUUCGACGAGGACGGCCGUCGCAUCAACUACACGCUGCACGUGGUCGAGAUGUCCGUGAACAGCACUUUGCAGCAGGUGGCCGAGUGGCGCGAUGACGCCGGACUCCUUCCGCUGCACAGCCGCAGCUACGCGUCGUCAUCGCGUUCCGCGUCCGCCAGCACCGGCGACUACGUCCGGAACCACACCUACAUUGUGACCAGUUUGCUGGAGGAGCCCUAUCUGAAGCGCAGGCCAUUCGGCUACGGCGAACAGCUGGUGGGCAACGAUCGCUUCGAAGGAUACUGCAAGGACCUGGCCGAUAUGCUGGCCGACAAGUUGGGAAUUAAAUAUGAACUGCGUUUGGUGCAAGAUGGCAACUAUGGAUCGGAAAACCAAUAUGCUCCUGGUGGCUGGGAUGGCAUGGUGGGUGAGCUUGUUCGCAGGGAGGCGGAUAUAGCCAUUGCGGCCAUGACCAUCACAGCGGAAAGAGAGCGGGUCAUCGACUUUAGCAAGCCCUUCAUGACUUUGGGCAUAUCCAUUAUGAUUAAGAAACCAGUGAAACAGACUCCAGGAGUUUUCAGCUUCCUUAAUCCUCUGUCCGAAGAAAUUUGGAUAAGUGUAAUCCUCAGCUAUGUGGGAGUAAGUAUGGUUCUGUAUUUUGUAACCCGAUUUCCACCCUACGAAUGGCGAAUUGUGAGAAGACCGCAAGCGGAUUCCUCUGCCCAACAGCCACCGGGAAUUAUUGGAGGCGCCACGCUGAGCGAACCGCAUUCGCAUCAGCCACCAGUUCCAGAAAACGAGUUCACUAUGCUAAACUCCUUUUGGUACUCCUUGGCUGCUUUUAUGCAGCAGGGAUGCGAUUUAACACCUCCUUCGAUUGCCGGUCGAAUCGCAGCCGCCGUUUGGUGGUUCUUCACCAUCAUUCUGAUAUCCUCGUACACCGCAAACUUGGCCGCUUUUCUCACAGUGGAACGCAUGGUGGCUCCGAUUAAAACGCCCGAGGACUUGGCCAUGCAAACGGAUGUGGAUUACGGAACCCUGAAGCACGGCUCCACUUGGGAUUUCUUCAGGCGCUCUCAAUACGGACUGCACAACAAGAUGUGGGAGUACAUGAACGCCAACCAACAGCACUCGGUUCCCAGCUACGAGGAGGGCAUUCGACGGGUGAGGACCUCCAAGGGAAAGUAUGCCCUACUGCUGGAGUCACCCAAGAACGAGUACGUGAAUGCCAGGCCGCCGUGCGACACAAUGAUGGUGGGCCGGAACAUCGAUACGAAGGGAUUCGGAGUGGCCACGCCCCUUGGAUCGCCAUUGAGAAAACGCUUGAAUGAAGCCGUGCACGCCCUGAACAACAAUGGUGAGCUGGCGCGGAUCCGCAAGAAGUGGUGGUUCGACAAGACCGAGUGCAACGUGAACUUGGACCAGGAGACCUCGACGCCGAACGAGCUGUCGCUGAGCAACGUGGCCGGGAUCUACUACGUCCUGAUUGGGGGACUCCUGCUGGCGGUGAUCGUGGCCAUCGUGGAGUUCUUCUGCCGCACCAAGACCGCCCACCUGAAGGCGCCGUCCAACGGAUCCGCCGGCGGAGUGCCCGGCAUGCUGGGCUCCUCAACAUAUCAGCGGGACUCGCUCUCCGACGCGAUAAUGCACUCGCAGGCCAAGUUGGCGAUGCAGGCGAGCAGCGAGUACGACGAACGAUUGGUGGGCGUUGAGUUGGCUUCCAAUGUGCGGUAUCAGUACAGCAUGUAAGAGCUUCUCUGCGAUGUACGGGCAUCUUGUAAAUAAUUAAGGCAUUAUCCGAUAACGUUAACGAUGAAAAGGGCAUAACUAAACGACGCUGGCAAUCAAGUCUCGGGUCAAAAGGGCAGGCGGCGUUCAAAAAACUGUACAGAAUAACCAUGAAUAAUUACUAUUGUAUUUUUGAUAAAUGUAUACAAAGUGAGUGCAUAAAUUAACUAUAGCUACGACUACCACUAACACUAAAACUAAUACUAAACUGUACAUAGGUUAAGUGAAAAUUAUCCCGAAAUAAAAAUAAAGCGUAUGUUUUAAGCAA